CAUUCUGUGGCUCAGUUUAAGCUGAAUCGACGUCGAGUUAGGAUGAAUUUAUGAAUUUUUCUCCAUAAAAAUUCAAUUAAAAAUAAAAACCAGAGAGAACAAAAACCGCUCCCGUUCGUGUUUCGUUCGUGAAGUUUGUUUUGGUUUUGGAAUGUGUCUUGAUGUGUAUCGCGGUAUCUUUUGAUAUUCAAAAAAGAAAAAAGAUAUUAAAUUCGCAUGAAUGAUUUCGCGAUUUUUGAAUUCCUUUUACGAAUACAAAAAAAAUUUGACCGAAUUUAAAACAAAGAAGGAAAUAAUUAAAAAACAAAAAACUAUAAAUUACGUGGGGAUAUUCGAAGUUGAAAAUCCAUAAAAUAAAGAAAUAACCAAAAUUUUGUAUCUUGAAUACUAAAUCGAUAAUUUAUUCAAAGUGAAGUUUUGUUUUUUGUCAUUUCUUGUGAUUUUGAAGAAGACAAGAAAAAUAAAAAAAGAAGAAGAAGAAGUGUGCACCUGUGCACCAACUCAUUUGUGAUUAAAUAAUAUUUCUUGGGAAUUUUAAUUUGUGUUUUGUGUAAUUAAAGAUAUUGUAUCUUUAUUUGUAUCUAUACAAAUAUUAGCUAUCUAUAUGCGACAACGACCUUUUCUUCAACCGGAUUUAUUAUUGGAUAAAACAAACGAAGAAGAAGAAAUAGAUACAAAACAGUGACAGUAGAUUUUAACACCGCAAACGAACGAAAGAAGGAAAAGAAGAAGAAGUGCAAGUGCAAGUGCAUCGAUACAUUGAAUUUAUGUAUUUUCUUUUUUUCUGGAUAAAAACAGGAAAAUCAUAUAAAAAUUACUAAGAAAUUCCUGAAAGAGAGUAGCAAGAUAUUUUAUACAUACCUGUAUCUCAAAAGUGCGUUUAUAGUUUAAUAUUUUGUAUCUCUCACUUUUAAAACGGAUUAAAACGACCUUGUGGAUUAUUAUCUUUCAUUUUUAUUUUGUAUCAACAUCUCAGAAAACAACAUUGCAGAAAAAAGACGAUGUUAAAACACGUACAAAUAUCGCCUAUGAGGAAUCGUUCAGAUUCCGUAUCUUUGCGUUCAUCAACAUCAUGUUCGUCAUCGAUAUGUGGAAGCCCCGAACCACCAUCAGAAAUCCAAAGAACACCAUCGCGGGCGUCUAGUUAUUCCAGUUUAAAUGAACAAUUACCACAGACAACCAUUAAAGUAUUUACCAGCUGUUUAAAAAUUGACAUCGAAUAUAAGACUUUAGGUAUUCAAUGGGAUACAACAAGCAAGGAGGUUAUUGGACAGCUGUUAAGAAGACUCAAAAUGCGACAUCGAGAUCCACGUUUAUUCUAUCUGUCAAUGGAGGUGAGUGUUCGACGUGCAGGUGUCAAAACAAUUCUCGUCCUAGACGAUGAUACUCGACCAGCCAUCCUACAAGCUUGUCAUCCAAAGGGUGAAUCAAGAUUUUGUCUACAAUUACGACCUGGUGGCCUAAUCCGUGUUCAUACAUCUGCACUUCAACCAACAUCUCAAUACAAAUCAUUGGUCAUAUCCGAAGGUACAUCAUCUGAUGAAUUAUUGGCUCUUUUGUUGUCUUGUUACAAUUCCAUGGAACCUGUCGAGCAGUUCUCUAUUUACGAGGUAUGUCCUGGCCAAGAGUACCAACGAAAAUUACAUCCAGACGAUCUGCCACUCCGAGCCCAGGCAGAGCGUAUGAAAAGGGGUGAAACCUGCCAUUUUCUGGUGCGCCGCAAUCCAAAUUAUCCCCGGCGACGACAAUUGUUGACGUCUCUCAAUGAAUACUCCUCCAGUAGCUUGAAGGAUACAAAUUGCAAUAACGACGAUGAGAACGACAACGACAACGUCAACGACCAACAAACACAAUUGCUAGAUAUGUCAACUGAUUCUAUUUCCGAUGUAUCCAACAAUAACAACGAUGAGAAAACGACAACGAUAAUAACAGCACCAACACAACGAAUUAUCACAAACGUAUCCUGUUCCAAGGACAUUGAUACCCAAUCGAUUACAAGCUCGGUUAGUAAAUCUUCAUUGUCAUCAUGCAGCUCCACAUCGACAUCAUCCUCUUCCCUAUCGUCGUUGUCAUCGACGACGACUUCACCAUUUGCAAGGAGUUCCUUUCAAAUCGAUUGCAAGAAAUGUCGAAACAGCUUCAAAUCGUGUGAAUUUUGCCACAAAAAUUCCGCCCUCAUUCAAGCCCAACGCCAAUUACAACAGCAGACAUACAAUCCGGUCUAUAAUAUCCGUGAAAUCCGAACUGUUGGGCAUUGCUUUUCGUCCUUGGGCAAUGAUAAAAAACUACUUGAUAUCCAUUUGAAUGGCCGUUUUGAGAGUCGUUUACCACCAGCUCUGCCCGCAAAGCCAAAACCAUCAUCAUCAUCAUCGUCGUCAUCUUCAUCACAAACCAUUAAGAGGCCACAAAGUAUGGUAUUGAGACGUUCAUCUAGAAUCGAAAGUGAUUUGAAUGGAAAUAGUUUGGUGUCCAUGUCAUCGACGUCGUCAUCAUCAACAUCAUCAUCAUCGUCGUCAGGAUUGACUUCAUCGUCGUCGUCCUUAAGCGAGGAGGUGGUUAAUAACGAUCCACAAAAAGGAUUAGGGCAUUUUGUUUAUAUUUAAAGAGAAUUUAAAAAUAGAAAGAAAAAGAAACGAACGAGCGAUGAUAAUUUAUGAAAAUUAAGAACACACAUUUUAAGCUAAAUUUAGUGCAACACUAGUCACAGCUUUUUUGAAUUUAUUGAUGUUUUUGUAAUUUGGCACGAUAGGGGUUUUAAAACUAAUAUUUGAGUGUAUUUAAUUAAAGUUUAACGAUUUGACCGAAGAAUCCAUUAGAACUCAAAAAAGGGCUUUUUGUCAACUUUUAAAGGUUUUUUAAAUAGUUUGAAUUGAGUUUUAAAUUUUAAUGGAUCACUUACAGUAUUUUGAUAAAAUAAAUUAUGUAAUUUUUACCAAUUUUGAUACGAGGAUACAAAGAUGUACAAGAAAAUUUUAAGCCUCUAAUAAUUUAUCAACUUUUAUCAAUUAAUACAGCACUUUAUUCCACCUCAAAGUAAUAAACAAAAAUUAUUCAAAUUAAAAAUAGAAACAUUAGGUUUUUCAUAUCUCGCUUUGUUUUUUUUGAUUUUUUUUUAUAUUAAUUUUGUAUAAAUUGUAUUUUGUAAAAAAAUAACGGUAUUUUAUUUGAAAUUUCAAAAAUUUUCUUUGUACAUUAUUAUAAUUUUAAGUGAUGUAUAUUUUUUUUUUUUGAGUAUUUACAUAUUCUUUUAAUUCAUAAGUUGCCUUGUAAAAUGUUUAUGUUUAUUUCAUACAAAACAAACUUUAUUCUAUAAGACAAAGGAUUUAAAUAUCCCCCCACAAAUACCAAAGAAAAGGAAGAAAAUUUAAAGCACAAAACUAAAAAUUAUAUUUUUACCAUUUUUUAAUUUGUAAUUUUUGUUUUUAAUUUAUAUUUUUAACCAUAUUAAUGCAAACAAAAUUGGCAAUAUCCUUAAUGUCCUUAAAAAAAGAAUAACAAAUUAAAACUUUUUUAAAGUUAACAUAUAUGUAUGUACUAAUUUUAAAAAUUCAAUAUUUUAUAUUAA